UUCGCCACGAGCAGCGCUCGGCCAGAAAUCCGCCCCUACAACCGCCGGGCAGGGAGCUGGCCAGCUGGGCUGGAGUCCAUUGCCGCCCUGGUCCGACCCCCAGUUUCCCAGGCACUGGGGUUACCGAAGCCGGUGUCCCGGGGCCGCGGUUGGGGCUGGGGCCGGGGCAGGGAGCGCCUCGGAGCGCACAGCUGCGCUGCUCUGGAAGCCCACGUCCGGGAUACAGGAUUAACGGGACCUGGCUUCUCUGGGCUAUCCAAAGACGUGUUCUCCCGGGAAAGAGCCACUGUUGACUGUAGGAUUUGGGAGAAGCUUGGAGUCCUCCCGGACACCUCGCUGGACGCUCUCCAUUUGCGCUAGGCUGGCGCGGGAGGGUCCUGAGCGACGCGCUCGCCUUUUCUCUUCGGCUUAGGCGCGGAAAGCUGAGAGCUCUUUCCAGGGGAACGGGACCUCCUCAUUUGGUACUCCGUGGAAUCCUAGCAUCCCUGGUCUUGUUGGUCUCCAGGGCCUCGCUAGUUGGCACUAAUCUGCAGGUGUUCUCUACUGAUUUGGUUUCUUCUUCGAUUUGGGGACAAUUGUCGCCACGGACUCUACGCACCUUUCCCUGUCUUCGCGGGUGGGCUGGACCUUAGGUCUCCAGAGCCUGCGGGAAUCGUGCCCCUGUUCGCUGACCAGGAACCUCUCUGGGCUCGUGGUGCCAACUCCUAGCCACUGGCCUCCAGGGUAGCGUGCAAACGGGACUGUUUUUCCCCUCAUUUGAGGGAGUGCGGCCCUCCGGGGGGCAUUCGUCUUUUAGGGCUUCUUUGUGUUGGGAGAUUGGGGUCCCUUGGCCAUGGCCUUCACUUUCGCCGCUUUCUGCUACAUGCUGUCCCUGGUGCUGUGCGCUGCGCUUAUCUUCUUCGCCAUCUGGCACAUCAUUGCCUUCGAUGAGUUAAGGACGGAUUUUAAAAGCCCUAUCGACCAGUGCAACCCUGUUCAUGCGAGGGAGCGACUGAGGAACAUUGAGCGCAUCUGCUUCCUUCUGCGAAAGCUGGUGCUGCCAGAGUACUCCAUCCACAGCCUCUUCUGCAUCAUGUUCCUGUGUGCCCAGGAGUGGCUCACCCUGGGGCUGAACGUCCCUCUACUCUUCUAUCACUUCUGGAGGUAUUUCCACUGUCCGGCAGAUAGUUCGGAGCUGGCCUAUGACCCGCCGGUGGUCAUGAAUGCAGACACCUUGAGCUACUGUCAGAAGGAGGCCUGGUGUAAGCUGGCCUUCUACCUGCUCUCCUUCUUCUACUACCUUUACUGCAUGAUCUACACUUUAGUGAGCUCUUAACCUAAAGACCACGCACAUCAUCAGAGACUGAGAUGGGAGAGGCCAAGGCUGAGAAGUUCACUUCUGCUGGUGACUGGAGGAGGGACCAGUGUGGGGACAUGUGAGAAAGAGACCCGGCAGGCAGUGACUGAAUGGGAAGGAACUGAAGCCACACAGCAGUCGGGCUGAAUUAACUGUACAUGUCUGUCAUUGCCCUGGUGUCACAGUCUUUGGCAUUCAAAUCCCACACACAGGCUGAGCAUCAGGGUCAUCUGGAAGUGACAAAAAACUAAACCUCUCCUGAGAGACAGCGGAUGCUUCCUGAAUCUACUUCAUCGAACGGCACCUUGAAAGUUCACAAGGAGUUCCUGGACGGUGGGAAUGAGGCCAGAAGACUGGAGGGUGCCUGCUACGGAACAGAUUGACCCAGAGUCAAGGCCAAGGCUGUGGGUGCAGGGAUCCCCUGAAAGCCUCCAGUAUGCCCUGAGCAUGCCCAAGACUCUUACUGCACAUCUUCUAAGUUGUUUCCACACCUCUGUGACCGGGGCUGGAAGACUGCGGGAUUUGCCUUGGCUGAUUAGCAGCCUUGAGCCUGCUGAUGUGCCUGUUUUCGUACUAAGUUUUGUGAGGGUCUGGGGCAGGAACUUCAUGAGCUGGGUUUGGGACAAUCUGUUGGCAAUAACUUAUGUCCAGUGUCACCGGGUGAGCUAUGAAGGGGGAAUAUGGGAAAAGUAGAUUUUUAAAACAUCUGUCACAUGUUCAAGGUGUAGUUCUUCACCAUCACAAGGUAGAUUCUUCCACUGCCAUCAAAAACCUUCAGAGUCAUUUACUGCAAAUCAUUUGGUCAACACUAGUCAAAGCUACCUUUUCUUAAAAAAAUCCCAAAACAGUUCCAAGCCCAGAAAAUCCUGUCGAGCGGCUGCUCUGUACCGUGGGCAUCCGGCAGCCAGGAAGUGAGACAACAUAAUUAUAACUUCAUUUUAUGAUGCUGCAUCAUUUGUACUGUUUAGUUCAAUGUGAGGACAUCAGCUUAUUUAGAAUUUUCCACUUGGCUUU